AUGAAAUUCCAUAUUCCUUAUCCUCCCGUUCCAGAAGGCGGCUUCUGGGGUACUCCAACUUCCACUAUUGACUGGUGCGAGGAAAACUAUGUUGUCAGCCCAUACAUUGCCGAAGCAGUUAACACAGUCACCAAUGCUGGCUUUAUCGCACUUGCUCUUUUUGCUCUUUUAAAUGUAUACUACCAGAAACACGACAAGACUUAUAUUUUUGUGGCCAUUGGCUUCAUCACUGUCGGUGUUGGCAGCUGGUUGUUCCAUAUGUCGCUCCUCUAUGAAUACCAGUUGCUCGAUGAAUUACCAAUGAUUUACGCAACCUGCAUCCCUUACUGGGUCAUGUUUUCUCAUGGGAAAAACAAGUCGGACAGUCUUAAGGUGGCCGGCCAUAUUACUGCCGCUGCAAUCACUCUUACAGCAAUUUACCUGCAUUAUCGUAACCCGACAAUUCACCAAGCCGCAUAUGGUAUUCUCAAUGCCGUCAUCAUCUUCAAGGGUGUCCACCUGGCACACACUGAAGUCCAGGAUGCUACUGCACGCAAAAAUCUUAAUAUGCUGCUAGCAAUUGGCCUUACCUCGUUCCUUAGUGGUUACGCUCUUUGGAACAUUGAUAUCCAUCUUUGUGAUUUUUGGCGCUCCACUCGCCGCUCCAUUGGUAUGCCCUGGGGGUUCCUGCUCGAGGGCCACGGCUGGUGGCAUCUUCUCACUGGUUACGGUGUAUACUAUUAUAUUGUUUAUCUCGAAUACCUUGGGCUUUACAUCAAUGGCGAUAACCGCGAAAAGGAUUAUGAGUUCCGUUGGUCCUACUGGAUUCUUCCACAUGUCGAUCUUACACCGGCAGCUCGUGCUCGUCUUGAAAAUAAGAAGCAUGAAUAA